AUGCCCAAGCGUCCUUCGUCCCCUUCCCCUUCCCCUCCUCCCAAAAUCAGGCGGUCACAAAGACCCGAGCCAUCCACCAGCACUGGCACCGGCACCAGCGCCGCUCUUACCUGCACUCUUCCCCCAACCUGCCACCGUCAUCCAGCUGUCCUCGAAGACGCACAGGCCCUCGAGCGACACUAUCGAACAUAUCACACCCAUGUAUGCCAGGAACGAAAAUGCCUAGCUGUGUUUCCGGAUGACAGGCUAUUGGAACUGCACUUUGCAGAAUGUCAUGACCCGAUUUUCGCGAUCCGUAAGGAACGAGGGGAGAAAACGUUUGCCUGUUUCAUCCCCACCUGCCCCCGAACCUUCCUCAUUCCUGCCAAGCGCCGGCUCCACCUAAUAGACGCCCACCACUACCCCAAAGAAUACUUCUUCGCAAUUACAAACAAGGGUAUUGGCGGUCUCUUACAGAAGUGGGGUGAAGGCGUGAGCUUGGUUAGACCGGAGUGGAAACCACGGCUGCCGCAGAUGGAUGGAGUGGAAGGCCAAGAGCUGGCAGGCAUAGAGUUAGAGCCGCCUCCUACUCCUAUAACUUCAACUCUUUCACACGGUGGUGCACCGAAUGACACAAGUCUCCAGCAAUCGAAAAACGGCCUGGGACUCAGUUUCCUAUCAGCUGAUAGUAACGCGAGGGAGUCUACCAUGACUAACUCUGGCGCUGGUGCAACUGGUGACUCACAGCCGCUAGGAUGGUCAUUUCCUCAACCCAGGUCACCUCCUUUGCAGCAUACAUUGAAGCCAUCUGGCCCAGCAUCGUCUGGCAGAAAACCGCUCAUCCAGAAGUCCGUGUCAGACAACACCCCUUCCAAGAUGGAUUCCUCAAUGGACGACCUUACCUCAGUCUUGUCCUCCGUCUCUCUCGUUCCACGAACCAUCCGAUUCGGAAGAGGAGGAGCGAAGGCGGGGUUCCAGAGACCUCCGGGAUGGAAGAAGGCGAAUGCUGGGACGCAUGACCCUGGAGAGAGUACGAUGCCGGUUGAUUCGGGGGCCUGA